CCGGUAGAGAAUCAGGAGGCAGUCAGUCACUGGCGAGACUUCCCUCACAGACAGCGGCACCGGAGCGGACGGACGGACGGACGGUGGAGAGAAAGAGAGAGAGAAAAGGGGUAUAAAAAGAACAAAUAAACGCCGCUUGUGUGGAGCCAGCAGCCACAGGACAGCACCAACUAAGCCCAAGCACCGCGAGAGGAAACUACGGAGCGGAGGGAAUUGUCAUCCCCCCCUAAACUUAGUGGCUCCGUCGGCGGGGCGCUUGUCUUCGCUCGCACCGCCGCUGCUCGCCCGCUCUCCGGCCGCCAGCCUGCGUCCCAGCCCCGCUCGCUGGGUUAGCGUACCCCCGCUAGCUAACACACCCGCCGCUCCUCGCGACACUUCUCCCCCCCCCGGAAGAAACUGCACCUGUCCCGGCUGUCAGUCACCCGCCACCCCCGUGUCACCUCCAAACAAUGUCCUUCUCCGUUUUUGGUGACUUUUUACAUCCGACGUCGGGUUUAACGCACACUUUCCGGAGCCGCCAGUGACCGCUAAGCUAACAGGCUAACAAGUUGACGUGGAGGCGGAACUCGGAACCUUUUUUUUUUUUUUUUUUUUUGGAUUGUCGAGAUUGUUGUUGCUGUUCUCCCAAGCUGUGAUUUCACACACGGAUUAUCAUUUAAUAUCAAUUUUCCGUAUAUCGUGGACCUUUUUUGGACUAUUUCCCCCCUGUUUGGUGACAUUUAAAACCAAAUCAUCUGCGUUUUUAAAAAGAAACCAAAACAGUUAGCUAUGUUUAUUUGUGGCCAGAAAGUUAGUGUCUCCGGUGUUUACAGAUCCCACAGCGGGACGAUUUCCUGGUUCCAGCGCUGCAACGGAAUCAUUAGCUAACACAGACCUAGCUCACGUUAGAUUAAGUCGUAGUACUUUUAUGUUUGCUAGAUAGUUAGUGAGUGGAAUUAAACCAGUGCCAAAACCGUUAAAAUCACAGAUUGAUUUGGUUAAAUAUCGAAUUGCGAACCUAUAUUGCCAUCGCGAUUUUACUGAACGAUGUAAAAAUAGGAAAACAGGCUUCAGCUCAACAUUUAUUGUGAAAUAUACUCAAGGUUUUCUCUUAGAGUCAAAAUUGUCUAAAGUUUCUGUUUUGAUUUUUCAAAAAAAUUGGUAUAGAACGCCAAACAGUCAGAAAAUAGAGCGAUUUAAUCGCGAUUUGAAAACAAUACUUUGUUAAGAACUAGAAGUAAGCUGUUGCUAAAGCAGCUGUUGAUAGUGUUUUGAAAUUCAGCGUUCAAAAAUAAGAAUAAUUAAGCACAUUUGAAUCCUGCAGUGUUGAUUUAAGUCAAUAAAACAAACAAAUAUAGGCCAAAAUUUUAUUUUUUUUCUCUUUGGCAAGGAACUAUCAGUGUCUUUUUUUGCCAGUAAAUCAAAAGUCACCAGCUUGAGAAACUCACACCUGCAGUUUUUUUCUCUGUUUUCCAGUGACAUUACUGCUAUUUUUCUACGCACCCUGGAAAGAAAAUUGGACUCAAACAGUGUGGCCUCUGAUCACUGAACCCUUUUACCUGCACUUGACAGUGAAGUCACGUUGACUUGUGUCCCGGCGGGGAGUUGAUCCAUUGAUCGGAUCGUUAUUUGUGCGUUUUUGUUUUUGUUUGUAGGAGAAGCAAAUAAGAGCGAGAGAAAUAGAUAACUGAGAAGAUGUCAGGCCAGUCCAUCACAGACCGGAUCGCCGCAGCACAGCACAGCAUGACCGGCUCGGCCAUCAGCAAAGCUGUGUGCAAAGCCACCACGCAUGAAGUCAGUGGACCCAAGAAGAAACACCUUGACUAUCUGAUCCACUGCACCAAUGAGAUGAACGUGAACAUUCCCCAGCUGGCAGACACGCUGUUUGAGCGCACGGCCAACUCCAGCUGGGUGGUUGUCUUCAAAGCCCUUAUCACCACCCACCACCUCAUGAUGUACGGCAACGAGCGUUUCAUCCAGUACCUGGCCUCCAGAAACACUCUGUUUAACCUGAACAACUUCCUGGAUAAAGGAGCUCUGCAAGGUUACGACAUGUCGACCUUCAUCAGACGAUACAGCCGUUACCUGAACGAGAAGGCCAUGUCGUACAGACUGGUGGCGGUGGACUUCACCAAGAUGAAGAGAGGGAUUGAUGGAGUGAUGCGAACAAUGAACACGGAGAAGCUGAUCAAGACUCUGCCCAUCAUCCAGAACCAGCUGGAUGCACUGCUGGAUUUCCAGGCUAACCCUAAUGAGCUGACCAACGGAGUGAUCAACUCGGCCUUCAUGCUGCUCUUCAAAGACUCCAUAAGGCUGUUUGCAGCCUAUAAUGAAGGGGUCAUCAACCUGCUGGAGAAAUACUUUGACAUGAAGAAGAACCAGUGUAAAGACGCUCUGGACAUCUACAAGAAGUUUCUGUGCAGGAUGACCAAGCUGUCAGAGUUCCUCAAAGUGGCCGAGGCUCCCAGCAGCCUCCUGGAGGCUUUAGAGCAGCAUCUGGGCUCUCUGGAGGGAAAGAAAACCAAGGAGUUGAAUGCAGACACCAGAGCGUCCACCCUGUCCAACGCCGUCUCGUCUCUCUCCACCACCGGCAUGUCCUUCAGUCGCAUGGACGAGAAGGAGAAGCAGCAGGCUUUAGAGGAGGAGCAGGCCAGACUGCAGGCGCUGAAGGACCAGCGCCUGAAGGAGAUCAACGUGCAUACUCCGCCCUCUGCCUCCCCCAGCAGCCACUCAAUAGGCAUCGCCAACAACAACAACCACCACAUCAUACACACCCCUGAGUUGUUCAGCUCUGUACUGCCUGCCAACAGUGUCCCCAACCUGAACAGUGACCUGUUUGAUCUUCAGCCGGCCUUCAUCCCCGCUGUGCACAGCACUCCUUCCAUCUCCACCGCUAACAGUGCCUGGGGAGGACUGGAGAGCCAGAAUCUGCAGCAGACCACAGCGGCCAUGACCCUAGAUUUCGAUGCCGUGUUUGGGAAUAAGGCCACGCCCAGUAACAACGGCCCACAACCUGCAGCCGGUUUCGAUGCUCUCGGAGAUUUGUUGAAGCCCACAGUUCACACACACACCGGACCUCCUCUUCAUCAUCAUCUUCAUCAUCAUCAUCAUCACCCUCAAAUGGCGAUCCAUCCUGGAGGAAAGCUGCUCGCCAACGACCUCGACUCGUCCCUGGCCAACCUCGUCGGCAAUCUGCAGUUUGGUGGAACUCCAGCCAAGAAACCAGAGAUGCAGUGGAACCAGCCGGGAGAGAAGAAGCUGACGGGCGGUCAGAACUGGCAGAAUAAGACCAUGUCCACCACACAGUGGGGUCCUGCACCUGUGGCCCCGCAGCCCAUACCUGUACAACACGUGAAUGGAAUGUUCUAUACUAGUUAUGCUCCAGCUCCCAUGGCUUUUCCCAUGACCACACCGCAAGUGCCUGUGUAUGGAAUGGUUCCUCCCCAGAUGGGUCAGAUGGGCGGGGUUCCAGUGAUGGCUCCUCAGCCAAUGAUGUACAACCAGCCUGUUCUCAGACCCACCAACCCCUUCGCACCCAUACCCGGAGCCCAGAUGCAGUUCAUGUAAUCCAGUCCGGGGGGCAGCAGAGUGCCAAAAGCGACAAACAAACAAAACAGCAGAAGAAAACACACGAGGGGAAUGAAAAUGAAUCGGACGGACGGAGGAGGGAUUCGAUCAAACCAAAAACACGAGGUGGAAAGAGGUGGAGAUGAUUCGGCGGAGGGAUGAGGGGAUGAAGGGAUGAAGUGUCAUCCUUACUGGUUUUUGUCUGAAACAACUCAUCUGUGUCUGUGUGUGUGCGCGCGUGUGUGCUUCUUUCUGUUCUCUUAAAUCCUACGGAUGGAGUGAUGAUUCAGGAGAAGGAAAAAGCGAUGAGAGAAAGAAAAGGUGGCGAAAGAUGGAGGAGAAAGAGGGGAUGGAGGAAAUCCUACCUCUUGUUUUGUUUUUCUUUUUCUUUUAAAAAGUCAGACUCUUGUUUUUCUGACGACGGUGAAAAGUCUCUGCUGCAGAAUUAGCUUUAUUUCAUACUGGUGCUAUUUUUGUCUCCUCUGCUCGUCUGCAACGACAACAUGCUCGCGUCAAAGAGGAGACAAGUGUGUGUGUGUGUGUGUGUGGUAGUUGUUUCAGACAACACCGUCCUCUCCAUCCCGUCCCUCGUAUUCUCGUAACUGUCCAAUCGAGCGGGCGAUUUAACGGCAAAUCCUGUGGCGUGACUUUUCCUCCUCUGUUCGGAUUAUCUCAGUAUUCCCCCCCCCCCGCACCGCUAUCGGGUCUUGUAUAGAAUUCAUGUCAACUUCUUCGUCACAGUUUUUUCUCAUGUUUUUCUUCUCUUGAAGCCACAGAUACACACAGAGAAAUGUGAGGGUUUAGCAGUAGAAACGUGCUAGCGCGGUACAGAGUCUUCAGAUAGCAGCACAGCGAAAUGCGUAAAACAUGAAACCAAUUGUAGCUGUUUAGCUAACCAUGCUAACACCAUAGCUGCUAGCUUUAAGCUAGCUAGUGCUAAACUGUCAAUAAUUGGCCGUAUUGAUAAAAAAAAAAUAUUGCCGAGCAGUUUGUACUAUAACAGAACAUUUUCUGAAACCUUAACGUAAGAUAAAUGCGUAUUAUUAUAAUAUUAAAAGGCGGUGUGAAACACGGCUAACAUGCUGCGUCAGCUUCCUCCAUUUUGCACUCGUGAAAGCUUGCUAAGCGAGUCUAAGUUCUCAAUAAAAAGUUGAACUUUUUAUGAAACAUUCUGCACAAAUUAAUCUCCCCCCAAUUUUUUUUAAUAAACUAUGGUGUGACCGCGCCUUUAGCUAGGCAGCAUUUUAAAUGCACUCCUUUUGUCGCACUGUGUUGAGGGGCGCGCCGAACGCGAAUAUCGAUCUAAGCAACGUUACAAUCUCGACCUUCCAAAGCAAAGGCGGGAUCAAGGAUUUGACCACGCCCCCUGUGUGAUGUCCUGCAGGAAAAACGCAGUAUUGUGGUUGUAGCCCUUGUAGCACGAUUACACAUUAGCUCCUCUCGCUAACCCAAUGCUGCUGCCAACUAAUGGUAACCAUGGCAACACACCGACCAAACUCAAAACUAGUGGAACAUCCUGGAUUUAAACAUUUACUGGUUAUUGUUACAUUCAUAUUGUUAAUAAAUGAUUUAAAUUUGACCACAAAACCUUAGUGUGGUACAUUGUAAGCGAAUGAUGGACAUUAUAUCCCUUAUGACACCAUGUAGACAAUCGAGAAUGGGAUUUAAAAAAAAUGAUGACAUAAAACCAGUGAUUCUAGACUUAGCUCGACAAGUCUAUAAAUGGCUGACCCAUCUGUGCUAAAAGAUAGAUAACGGAUAACAAACUUGAGCAUCUGGAGGAUUUGGAGAAUGGUGACACCCCUUGUUUACUAGCAUUAGCUUGUUAGCGCCUCGAUGACCUGUGUGUAUCUGGUUGUUUUAUUGUCCUUUUUUCGUCAUUCGCCCGCCAUGCAGUUCCAAACAUCGAGCGUCUCUAAAAACCAGAGCGUUUUUUCACAAAGGUACGACAUCCCGUCGACAAAUCCACGUUAUGUGCCAAUGAUUGAUGACGCACGCGCGACUCCAAACGUCAAACCCAGUGCAGUAGAAUUCACUUGAAAUUGCACUGAAUCCACGUUGAGACUCUUUUUAAAAAGCGGAACUCCACCGGCGAUAGAGCCGAACCUCGCUCUGUCGUUUCGCAGCAUCUCCAGUUGGGAGAGGUUUAAAAUAUCAAUCGCGUAAAAGACGUUGUGGUUAUUCUUCAACCAAAGCGAACAUCGCCAUGAGAUUGACUGUUGGUGUUUUAUGCAUUUUAUCAUGUGUUUCUGUGCAUACGUUUUUGUUUUUCUUCAUCCGAGGGCUAUUUCUGAGCGUCAAAUGUGAUUGCGAGUUUGACAUGAAAUGUGCUAGUUUUUUUCCCCCCCUUCUUUCUCUGUUCUAGAAAAUCAAAUUUUGUUGCAAAAUGCACAUGCGAAAAUUUUGCACUGAAGUGACUAUCCUGCCGCAGUAAACCUGUUGUGUUUUUUUUACCUGUUUUUCUGGUGUGAAAAAAGUCGAUCAGAGUGUGCUUUGAAGUUUGUAAAGAUAGUUUUUUUCGGGGUUUUCUAAUCUACGUUAUUUUCAAACUUUAAAAUUGUAAGUAACUUUCACCCACCCCGUCAAAAACGUCCCAUUCAUCAGUGGUUUCCAGUAUCACACUGAAAUCUCCAGAAGCUAGCUAACUCUGUCGACUCGGUCUCUCUAGAAUUCUUUUUUUUUUUCAGUCCGUUCGGUAUGUGUAGAUGUAUAAAAAAAAAAAGAGAAAAAAAGAAAAGAAAAAAAAUCGUAAAUAAUAACCAGUUCCUGUCUAGAUUGUCUGCACUCACUCAUCACUGUCGCUGUUGGAUAGAUAUUGCUGUUCUUGUCGCGGUCUUGUGUUAGCUUAGCCUCUCGUCAUAGUGUCCUCCUUGAACUCCGUAGAAGGUUUUUUCCCACCGUAGGUUGUCCCCGCCUCGUCUCCGCCGGUGUCUCGUUACUAUUACCUCUAUUAUCUCUCUUGGUGUCUCUGUCUUUUAGGUGUAGGUGGAACCUUUCAGAGUCUCUGGCUUCUUCGCUUUAAGCAUCACUCCAGUGUCCGCUAUGAAAGGUUGUCAUUUUUCUCCGCCCCAUCUUCGCCCGAUCAUUUCGCCGUGAAAAGUCAACGACGAUAAUUGAGAUGUGGAAUGUCGUCUGUUACGUCGUCCGUCUAGAGACAUGCUAGCAGCUGGAAAGUGACGCGCAAUUAGCAACUGGACUAGCUGUUGCGCGGGAAUUUUAGUUGGAAAUCGGGGAAUCAUUUCGAUAGCUGAACAAGACUCAACUCAUUAGCUCUCGCGCUUCUCGGAGAAGUGAAAUUCUAGCCUCAGUUGCAAAAAAAAAUUUUUUUUAUGUUAAGUUGUUGAACAAAAACUUUUCUCCAACCAUAAAAAAGAAAUGUUUAAGUUUGGCCUCUGUUUUGUUGUUUAACUAUAAUAACCAACGUCAGCUCUACAGUAUGUGAAGAUCUGGCCUUUCUAACGUUCUCUUGAAGCUAAUUCUACUUUGUUGGUUUCCUUCCCCUCUCGCCGUUUUGUAACGGUGAAAUGUUUUGUGCAUGGAGUCGGAACCAGGAUUCAUUUGUCUUUGUGUCUCAAGUGGAUACAAAAUAUUCAAAAAGAUUGUAGACGAGGAGACGAGCGUCUCUUUUUUUAACGUUACUGGCUCAUCUCCGUGGCGCCAGCGUAACUGCCAGUGAUCGCACCAACUUUAUCGCGAAAGGUAAAUUUCCUAUCGUUUUUUUUUUUAAACCGAGCAUGCCGCUCCUCCCUUUCCUCACGCUUUAUUUGGGAAUUUCCCACUUUAACCACUUUUUCUCGGGGAUUGCCCGAGGGGGGGUGAUUUUAGGACGUUUUUCGGAACGUUUCUGUCGACUUUAAAAAGCUGCUACCGCCGCCUCUCUGCAUCGUUGUAGCAUGAAUCCAAGUGGAGAAGGAGACGCCGAAGAACUUUGAUGUCAUAUAAACAUGUUUGUCGCGGAGAGUGGACUCUUCUCCGGCGAAACCGUCCCCUCGCGUUUUUGGCGGUGAGAGCAUGGUUGUGUCGUCUGUGGAUGUUUGUUGUCCUUUUUACCAAAAAUAGCAUGAAAUGACAGUGAUGGUGAUGAUGACGAAUAGUGAAACUCCCUCUUUUUCCUUUUCUCGAGUCCUCGUCCAAAAAUAGCGGCGAAAACGCGACGAGACAGAUCAGACUCUCUGGUGUCAUCCGUUUGUCCCGUCCACGAACGAGCCUCUGUAGCAGAAACAGAAACGUGUUCUUUGGUCUCAGAGAAGUCCAUGCCGCUCCGCCGUCUGUGGCGCCCUCUGUGGGCCGCUCCGAGUGUUGCGAAACAAAGACGGAGGCGGAAAAAAUUCUCCCGGUUUUCUUUUUUGUUCCGUGAUUCGUGUGUCGAGUCAAAGAUUCUUGUGCACGUUGUGUUUUUUCUACAUCUGUGUUUUUUGGUAAGAAACCUCGGGAUUGCUGCCUCACUAUUCUGUAUAUAGAGAAACACACACACACACACACACACACACAGAGCUUAAACGCAUAAUCUCAUAAUCCGCAUCAUUUACUCUUUACUUUUUUUUUUCGUGAACGUGACAGAUAUACGUGUUCACGCAGCAGUAUAUACGUGCUCAGUGGGGGCGGGAUUAACUCUCAGACGAUGCAGACCUCCCUCCGCAGAAAUCAGGAUCAGCCAUGAAUUCUCAAAGAUGCCAAAUGUUUUAUUUUUGUUUUUUUAAACAGAUUUACCUUCUCUCUCUCUCUCGCUCUCGCUCUCCUUCUCUCUCUCUCUCUCCCUCUCUCUCUUGUCCCCUCCCCCUCUCGUCUCUUUGUACAUUUUUUUCUAUUUAUUUAAAGCAGAAAUAUGGAUUGUAUCGAGCAUGGAAAGGCUAACAAAUGUUACAGUGGAUUAAAAAAAGAAAAUGAAAAUCACAGGCUUUUAUUUUACAGCAGUAUAUUUGUUUAUUCUAGGGAUUUGUUUUCUCUCUUUUUUUUGAAGAAAUAAAGUCAUUUUCAUUCCUAAAA